UGGUAAAUCUACGCAGAAUUUAAGCUUUUUUAAUAUUCUACUACGAUAGCAGAUCUUCUAAACUAGAUUUCUAAAUUUCCUCAAGAUCGAGCGACUUUUUUAAUUUCUAUGGACUAUUUUGUAAAUGAAACAAUUUUCCCUUCAAUUGAAAAGAUGGCCUCAAUGUGUUUUGCGAAAUUUAAGAGUUUACCUAAAACCGGUAAACCCACUGAUACAGAAUGGACGGUAUUAGCAGCUGUAGUAGAAUCCGACGAGAAAGGAGGUACAUGCAAAGUGGUUUCAUUGGGUUGUGGUACCAAAUGCAUAGGCAAAAGUAAACUUUGCGAAAGAGGUUUAAUACUAAAUGAUUCCCAUGCUGAGGUAUUGGCCAGAAGAUCUCUUUUGCGUUAUUUUUAUAAAGAAAUUAAAAAAGCCAUAAACGCACCGAAAGAAAAACAAUCAAUAUUUACUUGGUGCGAAAAGAGGAGAAAGCUAUAUUUAAAAACCGGUGUAACGUAUCAUUUCCUUAGCACUCAACUGCCUUGUGGCGAUGCUUGCAUUAAAACAAGUUCAAAUGAUCUUCAUGAAUAUCACGAGCCAAACGCUAAGAAAUUAAAAACAACGAACGAAUACGAUAGUGAAAAUUCUCUAGGAGAUUUAGUAUAUACUGGGGCGAAACUUCUAGAUCCCCAACACAAAGACUGCAUGGAGCAGUCAGUGGGAGCGAUGCGCACGAAGCCAGGUAAAGGCGAACCCACAUUAUCAAUGAGUUGCAGUGACAAAUUAGCUAAAUGGCAACUUAUGGGAAUACAAGGUGCUCUCAUCGCUGCCUUGCUCGCAGAACCUAUUUAUUUGAAAUCUAUGACAUUUUAUGGUAAUAAUAGUAGUUUAGAGUGCCUUGAAAGAGCCAUUUGGCAAAGAUUUAUAAAGGAUUCUAAAUUUAAUCAUUCAAUUUAUCGUUUACAUAAACCGGAAAUUAGAAGAUAUAUUGCAUCAGAAUUUUUAUAUAAACAAGUGCCCAAUAAAAAACCUUCUCCAAAUGGUCUGGCUUGGUGUGAUAUAGAAUUGAAGGACAAACCAUACGAAGUUUCAGUUAACGGGAAACGUCAGGGCAUCAUUUCGAAAAAAUUACAUUCGCCGGAGGCUUCAUUGAAAAUUUCGAAAUUUCAUUUAUUUUCAGAAUUUUUAGAUAUUCUCAAAUUGAAACCAAUUUUAUUGGAAACGUUUGGUUUGACAAUAGAAAAUGUCGAAAAGCUUAACUAUUUAAAGGCCAAGUGUUUAUCAAAAACUUAUCAAACAGCUUGGUUAGAAGCUAAAACUAAAUACUUUAAACAAUGGUCGGAGAAACCGGAAAAUUUAAUAAAAUUUUAUACAAAUAAAAUAAUCAUAGAUGAUGAGUAAAAAAAGAUCAAUGUAAUUUGGAAAUCUGUUGUUUGUCAGGCAGCUCGUUGAGAGCAUGAACGCGAAUGUUUACGUACAAAUAUCAAUUUGGUAAGGCGAGCAACAGUUAGUGAAGUGUAAAGUGAGGUUAAAGCAAGAGCUGGUGACGGUGUUUAGUUUUUUUUCUAAUUAAUUAAUAAUAAUUACUAAUAUAAUUAAUAGGACUAUAAAGCCUUUUGUGGCACAGUUAUGAGUAACGGUGAUUUGUAGAUAUAGAUAAUAAGUACGUUGUACAGUGUUGGAUCAAGGCCUAGAUACACAAGUAGUUAGAAAUUAUAGAUAAUACGUUAUAAAUUAUAGAAGGCUUUAACGACCAUCUUGAAUAGGUUAACUAAACGUUUUGUUCGUACGGAGUGGUAAGAAGUUCCGCAACUUUACAGCUUUAGCAAAGAAUAGCCUUGAUGAUGAUGAUAAAUACUUACCAGGCCAGGCAGCAUUAAAUUCCAUUGUCCUCUCACAGUUAGUAGAUAAGAUUUUCUCCCACAAAAAGGUUCUAGUAGACGAAUGCGCAUGAGCUUAUGAGCUGAGAACAAAAGACAAGAUAUCUCACUUCUGUUGAUAAGUAUAAACAGUGGUUUCGACGAAAGAUUUCCGCUUUUGGUGGUGAGUACAUGGAGCAAAAUAGAGGUACCUUUGCUUUCAGGGAAAGAUUUGUUGUAGUUGUGUCAUUAUGACUUUAGACAUUUUUAGUUCAUAGACAUUUUAUAAACUCUAUACAGCUUUUAUCUGAAAGAGCAAAUUGGAUUUAAAAGUUUUCCUCCGACCAACCUGCGGUUUAUUUCGAAAAUCAGUACAAUCGCCCCUUAAGCCCAUCCACAAGUAUCUUGAAAGGUUUGUUACAUCUCCAUGUUGGGCGAAGAUUUAGGGGAGAGAAUUGCAUUAUGGAUAGUCUCUAAAUUUCUCUAUUUUCUUUUACUUUUUAAAGCUUUUUUUUUUUAUUAUUAUUGUUUUAGACAAUUUUUCUUC